AAAAAAUCUCGACUACCAAACGCAACUCUUUAUAAACCUCAACAACCUUACAAGCGAUGCCUGGCAGAGACUUUUAAGGAUUUUCCGCCAACUGCACUUUCUCUUUUAGAAUCUCUUCUUGCCAUUGAUCCCGAUGCACGAGGCACAGCAACAGCAGCAUUGAAUAGUGAAUUUUUCACGACCGAACCAUAUGCCUGUGAACCGGAAAGCUUACCUAAAUAUCCACCCAGUAAAGAAAUGGACAUCAAAUUGAGAGACGAAGAAGAUAGAAGACGAACGAGAGCACGUGACAAGAUCAGCCGGGCAACGGAUGCCAGCAGACGAACGAGAGCACGUGACAAGAUCAGCCGGGCAGUUCCUGCUCCAGAAGCUAAUGCAGAGCUCCAAACCAACUUAGAC